AUGCAGGGCUCAAAGGUGUGGGAGGUCGAUCUUGACAAUGACGGUGCCAUGAGCGGUGAGGAAGUUGUAGGCGUUGCAUGGAGUCCAGAUUGUCAGACCGUCGCAGUUGCGCACAAGCCUCCGCGAGUUACUUUACAUUCGAUUCAGGACGGCCAUCAAGAGCGGUCCAUAUCCAUCACACUGGCGCCAUCUGAUAUAGGGACAACGAAGGCGUCAAGUCUCUCUGGGAUAUGGUGGUUUAUGCAAGAGAAGAAGGAAAGUACCAGUGACAUUCCUGACAUCUUCAAGAGAGGCUUCGACAUCACAGGCUCAGCACACUCGAUACUGAAAGGCCAAUCUCUCCUUGACCCUCUGCUAGACGAUUCACAGCCGCUCACUGCUACGGACCUGUUUGCGUUCAAGCAAAAACCAGCGCGCGGCGUCGCGUCGACCCAGCCGCCAGUCAUCUCGUCCUGGCCGACACUACCGACCGAUCUACUCUCUGCUUCAAUACAGUCGGCCAAAAUCGGCGGUCAGCGGCCACGUCCCGGCGAAGACCUCGAUGAAGUGGAUUUGACAAACACGGACAGUGUAUUGGCAGUGGCUGACGACGCCGGGAACCUACACUGCUUCCUGGACGGUAGCUAUCCGCUCGGAAUCGUCGCGGUUGGACCAGACCUCGUCUCGAUCUCCCUAUCCAAGGACAACGACCUGCUCUUCGCGCAUCCGCAAUUCACCGAGCCGAAGGUUACCGCACUACGGCCGUUCGUCAUACAACUCCCCCACCUACAGCGGCGAGCGCUCCGGGAUGUAGCAAGAGUGUCAUCAUCGGUUCGCGAACUAGUCUGGUAUACAAUGCGUGUGGUGAAAGACAUGCGGACGGCGUGGUUCGGUGGGGAGGCUCAGAACGGAGCGCGUGAGCUGGGGCCAAAGUGGAUUCGGGCGCUAGAGACGCGGAUGAAAGACGAGUUUGGCCAGGACGAGCCGUAUGCUAUGUUGGAUUUGACCAACCUUCUGGCGACAGGACGCGCCACGGAAGCUUUGGCCGACUACCUGGGUAGUGGUGAACAAAUGACCGAAAGAGGUAUGCAAAAGUGGGAACAGUCGAUGAUUGAGUCACUAGUCAUGCUUCGUGACUACUCUGAAAAGCGAGUGGCACCAGCAUGUCAACGGCUGCAUUUACUCUUGGAGGAGGCCUAUGGCUGGUCGCUUCUUCCACAGUACCAAUUAUGUGGGAUUAACACAGCCCAAGUGACCGCAUGCAUGGACUUGGCUGGCCGGGCUGUGCUGCUAGCCGGGUGGCUUGCGGCUACCGCACGCAGAGAAUUGGUUCGUUUCACCGAAUACAUGUUCUGGCUUCGAUACGAAACGGCUCGCCUCAACACGUCGGGUGAGGGUCACAAUCAUGCACCAGUUCCGAGACACGACAUCCUGGAGGUGAACGACUACCUAAUGUCUGGCCUGGUGGUCAGUCCGAUCGACCGGUGGUUCAUGGGCCCAGUGCCCCAAUUCUCGCCACACGACCUAGGGUCCUCGUCAACCGACGUCGUCGCCCGAAACUCACGCCGCUGGCGCAUGUCCGAACAGAACAUCAAGCAAAGGGACCUGUCGCACUUGGACCGGAAUUUAGAUUCAUUGGUCCAGGAGCUAGCUGCACGCUCUCACCGGAUAUUCCUCGAUGCCGCCAACGCUACUGCUCGCUCGGCAGUCUCGCUCUCGAGUGCGAAUCCCGCGCAAUUGCAGGACACGACUUUACUGCAUGCACUGGAAUCAAAUUCUCCAGUAUUGAUACGGGAGCGGACCGCCGCCAGAUACACGCAGUUCUUGUUGAUACAGCUGCCCCGCGUCGCAGAUCGCUCAUACCUAUGCAUUGCUCGGUUACAUCACGGAACCGAGGGCAUGCAACGUCCGGUGCAGGUCGAAGUCGCGGUAGUGGAGUGCUGUAUCCCAGUAAACGACGCAAGCGAGACGAAGAUACCCUUCGACCUGCUGGACGCGGAGUUCUUUGACGACAGCGUCUUUAUCAUCGUUUACCGCGAAACCACUCAGCCCGGAUCCGCUUCCAUUGCGACGGUCGGUUACGGAGAUUUGAUUUACACGGCGAUUGAAUUGGAGAGCUACCUGACGGAUUUUGCACGAGAAUCGCUGGGUCUGGAGGUGCUCAGCCGAUUGGAACGCGAGCAGCUAAGCUCAGAGGCUGCGCCGCUCAUCCAGACACGCCGGCUGGCCGGGUGCAGAGAGGGCAGGGUGGCUCUGGCGGUGAAUGGCCGGACGGGCCGGCGGGUGGCGUGCGUGCUGGACGGCGCUGGGACGGCGCUGGAGAUCCUGGACAUCGAAGGGGAAGAGGAGGAGACCGAGGCCAGCCCCGACGACAACGCCUCCCGUGUGUCGGAGGCCGCCCUCAGGAAGAAGAAAAAUGCCGAUGCCCAAGCCGCCUUUCGUGCUCGUCGCGCCAACUACAUCGCCACUCUUGAGCAGACAGUCACCAAUCUCGAGACCGUCGUCCUCCAGCUCCAGGACUCGUGCAAGGAGGCCAAGUCCCAGAAUGACUCCCUCCAGCGGGAGGUAGAACGGUGGAAGCAGGCCGCUCGACAGAACGAGCGGGCCGCGAAGAGGUUCCAGUUGUUGCAGGCGCAGCAGAGGAGCAGUGGGAUGAUCGCCAACGGCCAGUCGCACGAAUACAGCUCUCUCCACCAGCCAUCGGCCGUCGGUGCGCCGCCUAUGUCACCCAGUCUUAUCGCGCACUACGGGGACAACGGCAUGCGCUAUGCGUCCAAUGGCGAUCAGUCGGUGUCGCUUGGAGGGGCUUUCCAGCAUGCCGGAAUGACGCAGGACGUCCAACAGCGCUCGCCGACAGCCUACUCGAACGCUGUCGCUGCGAAUGGCUCGGGCGAUGGCCGUUCUCAACACAUGGAUUCUCAGCGGAUGCACCGAUACGACCAGUACUAUGCAAUGUCCAACGGGGCGGGACACGACGGGCAGUGGGCACACAGCGGCGGGCAGGCGGGCAUGUCUCCGAGUGACGUUUUGGAUAGCGGGAGCUCUUCCCAUUCACCCAGCUACGUCGAAUCGCCCACGCUCACGUCCCCAGAGCUGGGAUACCCCCAGUACAGCAUGGACGAGAAAAGCGACAUUCUCGACUCGCCUUCCUACGUCUUCAACACCGACAGCCGAUCGAUCUCUCCCGCCGUUUCCACUCCUACGUCCUCUUCUUCCGCCUCAUCCGUCGCCACCUUUCCAUUCACAUUCCAGAGCGAACCGAUGAUGCAGGAUCGCACCGAAUUUGGCUAUCGUCGUACUGGCCCCGCUCCCCAGCUCACGCUGCAUGGAGGCAUGGCCGACAUAACAGUGGCACCGCCCCGUCGUGAUGGCUCACGAUACGGAGUGCCGCGCCUCUCCAACCCUCUCACCGACCGUCCCAUCACACAAGCUCUCGCGGCCUACUCGCGCUCAGAAAACGAGUCUGGAGGCAGAGACCAUGACAGCGAUAGCGAGUCAUCAUAUGGCUACAGCAGAUCGCGCCAACGCAGCGAAGCCCCUUCCGGGCAUGGGUCGCGUUCGCCCUCUCCCGUUCCUCCGAUAUGCGGCACGCUUGCAGUAAUCAAGGCACAGGCCUUUGGUGCGCUGCGGCGGACGCGCACGAAGGGCAAGAGGACGACGGAGUCGGCUGCGAGGGCGGCCGUGGAGGCCCUCGAAGCGCGAGGUAUUGAGAUGGGCAUCACCGUUGGGUCGAAGCGACCUCGUCUGCAUGACGAUGUUGAUGCACGGCCAUGA